AUGCCCCUUCCCAUCGACGGCGAUGCUUCCACCGAGGUCCCCAACGAGAUUGAUGAUCCGGUUGAUAUCGAGGCUGAGAUCCCGGAUGCUGACCUGCCUGACGAGGAUGAUUUUGAUGACUUUGCUGUGCCCAACUUGCUAGCCGACCAGACUAAACUGGAGGAACUACAUAAUAUCAUUCGCCAGCAGGAAUCGUCUGCCUCUCGACCUCUCGACGAGGCACGGGCUCCCACUCGACGGCCUGAGGCUGAGAUGCUGAACAUUCGAGAGGCUGAAUUUGUUGAGCUGCGUGUCCGAUCCAUCAAGUACGACCAUUACCUGCAAUUUGCGAUGAAGUGGUACGACGGUCGCUUUGCCCGGCACCACGCUUUCGAUAUGUAG